GAUCAGAGAGAGAAGGGUGUGAGGCAGUGCUUCUUUAUUUGUAGAAUCCGGACAACCUAAGUAGAAGAAACACGAUCAUGUAUAAUCUUGAAAUUUCAUGCCACAAUAUUCCAUAUCCAGCGUUUACUAGUUGACCCAACAAUACAAAACCACUCAAAUUAUUAUUUAUAUACUGUUUUAAACAAUUAAAAUUCAAGAAACAUAAAUAUAGAGAGUCGCCCAGCCCCCACACAUAUUUGCAGUACAUCCACUACUAUAGAGAGAAAAAUCUUGAAUUGAUCAUCAACUAUUAGUUUAGAGAAAAUGGAAGGGGAAAGAGGGUUGGCUCCCAUUUAUGAUGAUCAUCAUCAUCUGCAGAUUUCCUUCAGCGCUCCUCCUCAUCAUCAAGACCAAGAAAUGGGGUUUGUGCAGUUCGAAGAUCAUAAUCCGGUGUUGAGCUUUCUGGUGGCGCCGCCGCAGAUGGCCGCCAAGGCAACCACCGCCACCAAUAAUAAUUGUUCCUUAGGGUUCAAUCAUGCUGAGCUUGCAGUGAAUAGACCCUCAUGGAAUAACGACCAGGUAGAGGUGGUGGAUCCUAAGGUCGUGAAUGAUGAAAAUUGCAGUGGUAACGCCAACGACGGUGGCAAUUCAUGGUGGAGGAGUUGUUCCUCAGACAAGAACAAAGUGAAGAUAAGAAGAAAGCUGAGAGAGCCAAGGUUUUGUUUUCAGACAAGGAGCGAUGUCGACGUUCUUGAUGAUGGCUACAAAUGGAGGAAAUAUGGACAGAAAGUUGUCAAGAACAGCCUUCAUCCAAGCUACUACAGAUGCACACACAACAAUUGUAGAGUGAAGAAGAGAGUAGAGCGGCUGUCGGAAGAUUGCAGGAUGGUGAUUACUACCUAUGAAGGCCGACACAACCAUUCUCCCUCUGAUGAUUCCAACUCCUCCGACUGUUAUAACUCUUUUUAGUUAGCAUUAGCAUUAGCAUUACCAUUACCAUUACCAUGUAUUUAUUAUAAUUAUAAUAUAAUUAAGCACUUGUCAUUUUGUUUCCCACUUAGGUAGAGGCCAAUGUUGGAUAUAUAUGUAUCAUAUGAAUAUGCCUUUCCUUGUCGAAUAUCAUGUACAUCAUCUCUCUAGGUUUCUUUUUC